AUGCCCACCGACGCCGCCCCGCGCUGCGUCGCGUACGACGACACUCGCACGGCGUGCGUUGUCGGCACCGCCGCGGGAGAGAUCGUCUUCCGCGAGCGCGCAUCGUCCGCGAGCGCGCUCGACGCCGCGGCGGUUGAAGAUCAUUCAAAACCGUCGGCGUCGCCCUGGACGCGUCAGGCCUCCGCGCGCGCCGCGGACGAUACGUCCGCGAUCGUUGACAUCGCGCUGAGCGAUGCCGCGCACGGGCGCGUGAUCGCGGCUGCCACGGCGAGCGGAGAGGUGUCGUUUUGGCGCGCGAGCGCGAGCGGCGACUCGAACGGGACGCCGCGCGUCGAACGCGUCGGUCUCGUGCGCGUCGAGGGUGGCGCCAAAGCGCGGUGCGUCGCGUUCGCGCCCUCGCACGAUGCGCUAACGCUCGCGGCGGCGUGCGAUGAUGGCGUGGUGCGGUUCUACGAACCUCGAGAAAAAUUGACGGCGACGGCUUGGGAGUCGACGCUGGAAUUCGAGGGGAAAAAGCCGGGCGGCGACGCCACGGCGUUGGCGUGGCGACGCUCGAGCGAGCGAACGAGUGCGGUGAACGUUCCCAUUUUAGCUGUCGGUACGACGUGGACGAGCGAGGCGCGGCACGGUGUGAGUGUCUUGGCGUACGACGAGAAGUUCCGACGAUGGAACGUCGUCACGGAGAUGGAGGAUGGAUUGACGACGAGCGCGAGACAUUUGGCGUGGAGCGCGACGACGACGGCGCGCGGGGCGUUGAACUUAGUCGUCGCGAGUGGUUCGAAGUGCCUGGUGUACGAGUUCACGGGCGUCGUCAUGAGAGGUGUGGAGGACGCGAAGCAAAUAGGUCGAUUGGAUCAUCCGUGCGAGGUGAACAGCGCGGAAUGGAACGCGAGCGGAAGCGUCAUCGCCACCGCCGCCGCGGACGGCGUCGUUCGUUUGUGGAGCGCGAACUUGAAAGAUGGAACUUGGCGCGAACAGACGAUGGGACAGACGAUGCAAUAA